GUGUGCGCGGAGAGUGAGCGAGACAAAGCACGCGGCGGAGCGGAGGAGGAAAAAGUUGGUUCAGUAGCGCGCCCAAGCGGUUAGGUGGGAGAAACGAGCGAUCGCGAAAGAGCUCGAUGAGGUCGGCGGCGCCGGGGAAGAAGACGAAGGAUGCGAGGCCGAGGAGUGGGGGACCGCCCCCUGCGAGUCAGUCCGCGUGUCGUUGACAGUCGAAAAGCGCUGGCUGCUGGCUCGAAGGCUUCUCCGUCGACGCAGACAGUAGUAGCCGGUCUCUCGGCGCGGGAGUGUCGUCUGUUUUACCGUCAGAUUUCAGGUGUAUCGGUUGAUUUAAUUGUUUACUUGUCAUUUUAUUCCAUUGCAUCGAACUAACGUGCGCGUCCAUUAUUUUUUUUGUCUCUUCCUGCCCUAUGGUCGUUCUAUAAAAAAAUCGAUGUCUACGAAUAGUUGUUCAAAUUCCCGGUGAUUCACGGUACGACAAAAUAAUCCCGGCUCUCCCGCGCGUUAAUCGAUCGCCGUGUUUAUAAGUUCCAACGCGUUUCGCAUUUGUGAUUCGUUUGUUUGAACAAAAACAAAACGAAACGGAUCCCGUGUAUUUCUUUUCUCCGAUCCUUCCGUCUCGUGUUCAAACGAUAUACCGAGCUCUUUUCUUUCUCCUCGUAUAUACGUUGGAUACUCAUAAUCGCUUACCAAGAAUUCGCGUGUGACAAAAAUUGUGCGGGAAUUUUUGAUAUAUCGUACUCCGAUAGUGAAUAAAUCGACGAAAGGUGAUCAGCCUGCUGACUUCUCGUGCUCCUCGGAGAUUAAUCAUCCUCCUUUUUUCUUCAACAUUUUUUCAUCCUUCGCCCGUGCACCUUGGGUUUCGGUACAAACGACGUUCCGACGAUCUCCAAGGAUUUCAUCGAUUUCCGGAAUGCUGGAGAGAUUUUUUUUCAUCAUGCGGUUAUUCUGAACGUAUAAAACGUACAUAUCCGAGCAGGGCUCUAAUGAUUCACCAGCUACGAUCAGCGCACUGCCAAACGGAGCGAGGACAAAGGAGCUUCCGGCUAAAAGAAAUUCCGAGCCGCUGACUCGAGGGAAAACGAAUCUGCAAUCGCGAUGUCACACGUAUCUCAGAGGUUCCAGUUCGAUUAAAUAAUAUAUUGGCUCAUAUCAUUCGAAGAAGCAAUUGCGAUCGAUUUUGGGAGUUCGUACGAGCGAAAGACAAAUUUGGGUCAUCCGGUAUGACGAUGAUCGUAUGAAUUAAAUGAACGGCUGCUCGUAAAUAAUUUAUAUCAAUGUGGUUUGCAAACAUAUCCAGAUAUUUGAACUCCGCGAACGACGGUCUCAUGAAAAUCUCUACAUCUCGAGAUUCCAAUGCUGUGUUUAUUCACGUUAUUUUCUGAUUGACGAAGCGUUAAUGGCCUCAAUUCAACGGAACGGAUACUGAUUCAAUAUCAAUAAUAACAAUAAUAAUAAUAAUCACCAUCAUCAUUAAUGAGAGACUGACUGACUCCGGAGCAGUAUUUUGAAAAAAUGUUGUUGAGGUAACGGAAAAAUAUUGGCUCGUCUGUCACAAUUGACAUAUCGACGAAACGAGUGACAUUACAAGCCACCAAGCUUCAGACACUUUUUCAAUCAUCGGGAAAUACAUUUUUUUUUCCCCCCCCCGAAACGACAAGAUUAAUCAUCAAAAUGAUAAUGGCAUUUCCGAGACGAAGAUCUCUGUGGGUGAAAGUGGCAGUUUUGGCAGCGGCCGUUUGGCUCACCGUUUGCUUCCUUCUUUACACGGAAGACCGUGCUUCGGCCAACGAUGUCCAGACUGGCUUGGCCCCCUCAGGUGUCGCUGUUGCGCCUCAAGUAGCCAAUGGUUUCGUACCACCAUUUUUAGCCCCUAAACGGGAAACACCUAGCAACGCUCAGAGCAAACCGAAAAUCAAUCAGGCUGGACCAGAACAAGGUGGUGGGGUUCUUGCUGCGCCAAAAGAUCCCGAAGAAGCGGCACCCGGUGAAAUGGGAAAACCCGUUGUUCUUCCAACCAAUCUGACAGCAGAGACGAAAAAACUCGUCGACGAUGGGUGGCUGAACAAUGCUUUCAAUCAGUAUGUCAGUGACCUGAUUUCCAUCCACCGAACACUUCCGGAUCCGCGUGAUCAAUGGUGCAAGGAGCCGGGUCGUUAUCUCAAGGAUCUUCCAGCCACGGCCGUGAUAAUAUGCUUUCACAACGAGGCGUGGUCGGUACUUUUACGAACAGUCCAUUCAGUUCUCGACAGAUCACCGGAUCACCUGAUUCAAGAGAUUAUCCUCGUGGACGAUUUCUCUGACAUGCCUCAUCUCAAGCGUCAACUGGAUGAUUACAUGAUGAAUUAUCCGAAAGUCAAAAUAAUACGAGCGAAGAAACGCGAGGGUCUUAUAAGAGCUCGACUCCUUGGCGCCGAAGCUGCCACAGCUCCUGUUCUCACGUAUCUCGAUAGUCAUUGCGAGUGCACCGAGGGAUGGCUCGAGCCACUCGUCGAUCGUAUAGCCCGGAAUCCAACAACCGUGGUAUGCCCUGUUAUCGAUGUUAUCGACGAUACGACGCUCGAAUAUCACUGGCGAGAUUCUGGCGGUGUAAACGUUGGUGGUUUCGACUGGAAUCUCCAGUUCAACUGGCACGCCGUACCCGAACGUGAGAAAAAGAGGCACGAGAAUUCUGCCGAACCUGUUUGGUCGCCGACCAUGGCUGGUGGUCUUUUUUCCAUUGAUCGUGCUUUCUUCCAGCGUCUUGGAACUUACGACAGCGGCUUCGACAUCUGGGGUGGCGAGAAUCUUGAACUUUCUUUCAAAACGUGGAUGUGUGGGGGUACACUUGAAAUCGUGCCUUGCUCACACGUGGGACACAUCUUCAGAAAGCGCUCGCCGUACAAGUGGCGAAGCGGCGUGAACGUGCUCAAGAGGAACAGCAUAAGGCUGAGCGAAGUGUGGCUGGACGAGUACGCCAAGUACUACUAUCAGAGAAUAGGUCACGACAAGGGAAAUUACGGUGACGUGUCCGACAGGAAAGCCUUAAGGAAAAAGCUCAAUUGCAAAUCCUUCAAGUGGUAUCUCGACAACGUUUAUCCGGAGCUUUUCAUACCGGGGGAAGCGGUUGCUUCCGGCGAGGUUCGUAAUCUGGGUGAGGGAGGAAACACGUGUCUGGAUUCACCGGCUCGCAAGGCUGACUUGCACAAACCAGCCGGACUGUAUCCUUGCCAUCGACAGGGCGGCAACCAGUACUGGAUGCUGAGUAAAACUGGAGAAAUACGCAGAGACGAAUCCUGCCUGGAUUACAGUGGAACAGACGUCAUUCUUUAUCCCUGUCAUGGAAGUAAGGGCAAUCAACACUGGAUUUAUAACCCUCAGACGAAACAAAUAAGACAUGGAAGCAGUGACAAGUGUCUGGCAAUAACGGAGAGCAAGCAGCGUUUAUUGAUGGAGGAAUGCACGUCUUCGUCAUCGAGACAGAAAUGGUCGUUCGAGAAUUACGAUCCAUCGAAGCUGUGAUAUAGCGCUUUGUCGCAUCGACAGAUAAACCAAAAUCGUGAUAACGAUAAGGAGGAAGCUUGGUGGUUAACCGAUCGACGUUAUAUCUACGUGAAUGAACAUUCAGAUGGCUUGAUAGCAGUGAGAUAGGCCGUUGAAAUUGUGCGUUGAUAGUAAAACGCGUUAUAUCAAUACGAUCGUUUGUGCAAAUAUUCGUUUAGCGUUACGACAUAAAUAGGGGAUCGAGAAGCGUUGGAAAAUAAGGGUUAAAAAUAAAUAGCUCAAGGAAUCUGUGCAAAUUUGAGAUAAACGGAUGAAAAUUGUUCCAUUUCCGUCUGCAGACUGGUAAAGACCGUUGUCCUGAUACGUUAUAAAAAAAUAUCUCGUCAAGAUCAGCCUUGAAUUUGGUACUCGAGAUCAAAUAUCGUCGAGUCAGCGAACAAAGUACUUCAACGACGAUUUAUAUGCAUAUUUACAUAUACUAUAUCAUGGUUUCACCCUAUGUACAUUGCAUAUAUGUAUAUAAUCGUAGUUUGAGAAUCGAAAUCGACGUUUUCCGCAACGUCUCAAUUCCAAUAAUAUCCUCUCGCACAUAUCUAUAUAUUUACUAUGUGUAGCCGUCUCCUAGGAUCCAAGUUUCCAACGCAAGGAAGAUUCUAUUCCAAACUAUCAGACGAAUAUUUGUUACAAAGAUUGGAGAAGGAGUCUUCUCGAUUCUUGCCUUCCAAAUGUCGCGGAGAAACUCCGAAAGUAAUUAUGGGAUAACUUCCUCGGCAUAGAAUUUCAUUUUAUUUUUAUAUUGUUCAAACAGAGGAUAAUUUGCCCAAAAAAUCUCAUUCUGAGAAUGAAAAUCUCUUGUCACUGUGACGAAAGUGAAAAACGAAUAUCAUCGCGCCCUCCUAGGUAAAUUGUGGAUUAUCAAUUACAUUUAUAAUACUUGCAGUAUGAAACGGCAAUGAAAAAUGGGUUUGAAGUGGAAAUUCAUUAAAAUGACUUUUUUUGAACAUUGAUUAUAAAAAUUUGCAAAGUUAUAAAAAAGAAAAAUUUCCCCUUUUAAUCAUUGGACUGACACAUUCUUUUUUACGAAUUCCUCAAGCAAUACGUUCGUACAGUGCGAAGAAAUAUGAGAUUUAAAAGCCGUACGCAUCGCUGUUUCUCUCAGUGACAUGACGUUUUCAUUCAUACCAAGGAGACUAUUAACAUCGUGGGUUGCUCAUACGCACAGAAUAUCGAAUUUCUGUAAAUGAUAAGAUUUAUUCAAUAGAACGAUGUAAAAAGUCGAAGUUUUGUUCAUACAUUUUAGUCCAAGUGACACCCAAAGUUUUGUCAAGAAAAAGAAGAUCAUACACUUUGAAAUUUAGGGUAGGAUUCAAACGUUAUACAUAUCUAUUUGUUUUCGCCCUUAUUGGAGGGUUGAACAGAAAAAUAUCGUACUCUCACUGCCGAUCGUGGACGAUCGAGCGAAUUUGUUUUUUUUUGUUUUAUCAAUUCGAUUACGUUUUUAAAUAAAAUUAAGCUCGUGAGAAUUCGCAAUGCCAAAUUCACGGGGUGAGUGAAAAAAGAAUCAUCGAAUGUUGUAAAUACGAAGAUAAACGAAAGGGAGAAAGGAAGAUAUAUUUAUUGUUCGUAUUUCUUCCACAUUUCGUUUAGAUAUUAAGACUUCUCUAAUCAGAAAUGUAAGCAAGAUUUCAUCCAAGUAUUUCCGCAUUUCUUAGAACUACAUUGCAAGUUUUCCCCUUUAGAAAUAGACGAACGUUAUUUUAGUAAAAAAAAUAAGUUUCUCCAUAUUUGUUACGUAUAUCAUUAACCAUUUGGAAGAACUAUCAUAGCAAUUUGUGAAAACUUUAGAAUUCCAAAUUCUGUAAUUACGUUUCAUUGAAUCGAAUUUUUUAUUUUUCGUGUCGAAUACUCGCUGGAAAGAUGUUGAAAAGAGAUGUUUUUUUUUUUAAUGGAGUGUAAUAAAAUUUAACAGAUUGAUGAUUAGCAAAAGAAAAUAUGUGAAAAUUAAUGAGUGUGAGCGGUACAUUCCGAAGCCAGAUUUUGUACAUUCGUGUAAAAUAAUAUCAUAUAUAGAUAUAACCAUAACUUGACGCCAGUUCAUUCAAACUAUUACUAAGAGACAGACAGAAUUAUGUUAAAUAUAUGAAAACAAUAUAAUGUUCCGAGAUAACCCGCGCGAUGCGUUCGAAUAUUUUUUCUCUUUUUUUUUGUAGUUUACAUAAUUCGUUUAAUAGAAAACGCAGAAUAUAAGCAUUGUGUACGAAUGAUGUCUCUGGUUAAGAACUCAAGUAUGCAAAUUGAGUUCAGGAUCGAAAUUCGGACGUAAAAUUGUCAAGUUUUAUUUGAUAAUGGCGAUCCCUAUUUAAAUUUAUUUUUUUUUCUCUCGAGUCAUUUAUCAAAAAAGUUUACUUGGUUCAUAGUCGAAUUUUACGUGACUCGAUAGUCUUUUUCGAUAUGCUUCGAAAAUCAAGCUACUGAAUAUGGGAAAAUGAAUUUUGAGACUUUUCUUAUCGAGAAUUUGCUGCUCUGUAAUAUUGCUCCUAAGUAAUUUUUAUCCAUUUCAAACCGCUUAGGAAGCGUGCGCCAUGGAACGGAGUCCUUUAGUAGAGCUGAGAAUUGGAACCUGAUUAAAAAGUUGCAUCAGGUUUUGAUUUGAAUUUCGAUUCUGAACACGAACUCACGUGGUUAAGCAUCUAACCUUAGACACUUUGUAAGUCAUAUGACUGUCUCGAAGAUGAUGAUGCCACUCAAAACCAUCGAGAUAUUGUCGUGAGGUAUAAAAAAUUUGCAGUGAAAAUAAUAUUAACGACGCAUCGCGCAGCCAAUUAGCACCAGAAUGAAUUCGCAAAUUCAGCUCGCGUCCAACAAACAGUUUCGGUACACAACUCUGUAUUGAUUUCGUUUUAUAUGCUCGUUUUACUCUGUUUUUAUUUAACAAAACUCAUAGAGUUGUGUAUCGAAGUGAACCGCCCGAAUCUACGACUUCACGUGUGCCAAUAGCUUUAACUCAAUGUAUUUUUUUUUUUCCGUUUCCUAAUACAAACAAGAGAUUUAUCUGUUCAUUCAUUAAGUAAGGCAUCACCGUGAAAAUAGGGAUUAGGCGUGCAAGUAAAAGGCGAGUGCUUAACUAGGAACUACAAGAAGAAAAAACACUAGUUAUUCUGAAGUCUAAUUAUAAACGAGAGAUUAUAACUAUUAUCGUCGAAUUAUCACUGUCGUAACGAAAAGAACGAGAGAGGAAAAAAGAGAUUAAAAUAUAUGUCAAGGUGGUGUGAUAGAAAUGCAAAAGUGUUUGAUGGACUGAAAAUUCGAAUGUGUGCGUUCCAGAAUGGCUUAUAGGAAAAAGAAAUUCUUUUGUUAGUGAAAGUAUGAGAGGAAAAAUAUGAUUCAAAAAAAAGAAGACACGCGCAGAAGAAAAGACAUUUAUAAGAAUGAAUAUUCAUAUAUGUGUAUAUAAUCCACAUACAAUUAUACAUAUGACAUUUUCUACAUUUCUUAAGGAUGUAGCAUAUCAUAAGAGAAAGUGACAUAUGAAUUCGUCGAACUUAACCGUUUAUUCGGCUACGUAUACGACGUUUAAUUAAUAUAAUAUCAGACGUGCCUUAUUUCAUGUAUAUGUGAAUACUAUUAUUAUUACUGCUAUUAUUAUUUUAUUAUUACUUAUUAUUACAUAUAAUAUUAUUGUCAUUAUUAUAAACCUCUAUAAUAACGUGCAAGCAUUUGUGUUAAAUAAAUCGAUGUUGUUUUAUGUUGAAGAAAAA